AAAAGAAAAAGAAAGAGGAAAAAGUGAAGGCCACUGCCACUCCUAUUAGCCCAAAGCAACGGCUACUCGAGAGCUCAAAGGGAGCGACCUGAGGCUGAAGAGACCUCCGCGGCGCGGCCGGCUGCUGCUAUCAAUGGGAGCAGAGGACGAGAAUCAGCAAUGGAAAAUCAACGUCCACGCGAAGUCCCGGAGCUUCAGUCUCCGGAUUAGAGCCACGGGAACUCCCCCAGUCUCCUCGAAGCGACAAGAUCUCUCCGCCGUCCUUAGGCUCCGGGGCUUCAUCCUCAAGGUCAAGUCAGCCUCAGCUCCGAGCCACCGCCACCGCCACCGCGGAAUCCUCAAAUCCAUGUUCCGCAGAUUCGUAGAGAGGAUUCGGCGGCCUCCACCACUUGCUGCUACUGCUGCUGUGCCCGUGACUUCACCGAGUCGGCUCAAGCAACUCGCUCGUCAGGAGCCAGUCGGGAUCGGGUUUGUCUUCCUGGCUGUCUUCAUUCUCGGUCCGGUUGCCGGAAUCGGUCUGAGAGAAACCAUCGCCGAUGGUACAUUCGUUCCGGUAACCCUGGCUUUGCUAUCAUCAGCAUCAUUAUCAUUACCGUUAAUCAAGAGCAACGUGAUGGGAAGGUCCAAGAACAAUACGCUGCUGAUUCUUUCCAUUGUCUUCUUCAUCCUGGGCUCUGCUUUCUUGAAUGUGGGAAAGCAAUGGAAUUUCAUCGAGAGCUAUGUCGCAGGAUAUCUCCGGAAGGUUUGGAAGUUCGCUCUUUGAUCAGCAAUGAAGGAAAUAGACGAGAAUUUUAAUUUUAUGGACAGGGUUUUCUGUUCUGUUUUAUCUACUUCCCCGACAAGAUGGAAAUGAUUUUUCUUUCUUCUUUUUUUUUUCCUCACGACAAAUAAGGAUUUGGUCAUUUGAAUUAUGAAAUGAUCGCUGAUCCAACAUCUUCAGUCUAUUUAAUGGCCCGAUUGUAAGUGACCAUAGUAAUGUACAAGAGAUCGCGAAUCAGAUCAACUUGGCAAAAAACCA